UAUGAAAGGUUAAAGACACGUUAAGGCCUCACAUGAUACAAGGUAAUAAAGAAAAUGGGGAUGAUGGCCUACGGGAAAACAGAGCUCUGUUUAACACGAUGUUGUUCACAACCCUGCUCCCAGUUUGAGGACGAUGCCUGGCACAUGGGAGCCCCCAGUGAUGAUCUGUUGAAUAAACUAAUGAAACGGGGGAGCAUGGUAUAAAAUGAAGAUGUGAUUUAGACCCAAAACAAGAGUUACUUUCGGAAAACACUUACAUCCCUCCUAAGCAGCUAAGCAGGCUGAGGUCUUAGGAGGCUGGUCAUGCUGAGAGAAGGCCUCCUACUAACUCUGUGGGUGCCUCUACCUGCCCCUCAGGGUGAGGCGCCCAGGGAAGGUGGGGCCACCCACAGGGUUUGUAGGAGAAGAAUGCUCAUUGUCCUCUCUCUCCCCACCCCCAGUCUACCAGACCUUCGGCCUGAUAGCUACUGCCAUGGGACUUUGGGCAGGUCAUUUUAAAAAUCUGUAAGUUGGAGAUGGAAUAGCAGCUGCAAAGCACACCUCUGAGGUCUGGUGACAUUUGUGGGCUGGAAGUGUGUGCUUGGAGUAGAAGUUGAGUACUGGAAGGAGGUUCUCCUUUCCUGAUCCGAUUUGCUUGUUUCCACCACACAGUGGGACCUCCGAGGCUGCCGCAGGAGCCGGAGAUCCUGUCCGGGCCUCAGAACCUGACCCUCACAGUGCACCAGACAGCAGUGCUGGAGUGCAUCGCCACGGGUCACCCUCGGCCGCUUGUCUCCUGGAGCCACCUGUGUGUGCAGCUGCCCCGGCCCAUCUCUCAGAGCCCCAUGCCCUUGUCCUAUCCCAACCUGACCCCCCCAACACCUUCUUGCAGAUGGCCGCUCCAUCGGCGUGGAGGGCAUCCAAGUUCUGGGCACCAGGAAUCUCAUGAUCUCCGACGUGUCAGUCCAGCACUCAGGUGUCUAUGUCUGCGCUGCCAAUCGGCCGGGCAACCAUGUCCGGCACACAGCACAGGGCGUCCUGCUCGUGCAGGCUCCCCCUGAGUUUGUCCAAUGGCCACAGUCCUUGUCCAAGCCUCCGGGCAGCAGUGCCAUCUUCACCUGCGUGGCCCAGGGCGUCCCUGAGCCCCAUCUGGUCUGGCUGAAGAAUGGGAAGGUGCUGAGUCCUGGGGAUAACAUCAGGCUGACCCACAAUAGUACGCUGAUGCUGGCAGGCAUUUCAGUUGACGAUGAGGCCAUCUAUCAAUGCAUGGCAGAGAACAGUGCAGGCUCCAAUCAGGCCAGUGCCCGCCUGGCUGUGAAAGGGGGCCCAGAGUCACACCCUGUCCCCAGGGGCCUGCAUGCCAUGGCUCUCUCUACUUCUGCCAUUCGAGUGUCCUGGGAGCCAUCCCCCUCCAGCGGGGACAUCACUGGCUAUGUGCUGCACCUCCGGCCUGUGGGAGGUGGGUGUGGGUGGGUGGACAGGGCUUUGAGCUCAGAGCAGGGCCAGGAGCCAGGAGUCCCCAGCGCCAGCCCACCUCUGCUCCUGACUGCUGAUGUCCUAGGCGAGUCCCUCUCACUCUCUGGGUCCCAGUCUCCUCCAUGACCCCAGACCCUUCCGGAUUCUUCCUAGGCCUCUGGGCCUGCGGUUCUCUGGGCUGGCUGCCUCUGUACAUGGUCUUUUGGUGCUUCCUUAUUGCUUUUCAGCUUGACUCUAGGCCCUUUCCUCAUCCACAUCCUUUCUCAGCUUAGCUCCAACUUCUGCAGCCUCUUUCCCUGCUCUCCUUGGAGGCUUGGCUGGUCCAGACAGGCACCAGGAGGGGGCUUCGUCCCCAGUUUGUGAGGGUGCAAAGACAUGACUACUGAGAAGAUGCUGUUCUGCUCCUCAGAGCCAUCUGGCCCGGAGCUCCAAGAGGCCAUGAGCAAAAGCACCUCUGAGCACGUCUUCUCCAACCUGGAGCCUGCCACAGCCUACACCAUCCAUUUGCGGGCCUACUCAGCAGAGGGUGCCAGUCAGGACUCUGCCCCGUCUUUGCCUCCACCAUGGGCAGCAGUGAGUGACAGCCUCUCCAGCCUUGGGAAGUCCCUGGCCUCAGGUGGGCAGGGACUGCCAACCAGUUUGUUUUCCUCUGUAGCCCCUGCUGCCCUGGGCUUCUCCACCAAAGUGCUCAAUGCCACCUCUGUGCAGGCCUCCUGGGAGCUGCCACCACAGCUGGGACCCAUCCAAGGCUUCAAACUCUUUCACUGCAAGCUGCCUGCUGCCCAUUUUGAGGGGCCCCUGCUCCUGGCCAGCAGUGUCAGAUCCUUCCUCUACACAGACCUGGGUGAGGCUCUGAACCUUCUUGUGACGCUCAAGGCCCGCCCUUCUCAGUGUGAUCUUGCCCCAGGUACUGAGCUUCCUGGCCCAUAAAUGCCCAUCCCCUUCACAUUCUCCUGCUUCCUGCAGAACCAGCAGCCCUCUAUGAGAUCAAGCUGCAGGCAUUCAAUGGCAACAGGGAUGGAAAAGCAGUGCCCGCUUUGUCUCAUUGUGUGAUGUGCCCCUAGCCACUCCGGGUAAGUGGGGUCUGGUAGGAGGGUAGUAGGGCUGGGGUCAGAGCAGGCCCCCAUGGCUGCCAGUCUUCAGGGAGGAAUUAGGGCUGAGCUUCACCUCCAACCCUGGUCCUCUCUCUGACAGAUGGCACAGUGUCCACAGAGUCCAAGGCUGGGUGCUCUUGCAGCCAGGGUGAGAGCAGCCCACUGCCUGGGGUUGUGGUGGGCAUCCACGUGGGCCUGGCUGCCCUCAUCGUUUGCCUCCUCUGCCUCUUCCUGGGCUGGAGACAUAGGUAAGGGUCAGGUAAGGGCUAAUGUGGGAAAUCUGCCAGGGAGACAGUCUGCGUCACUGUGGCACAGGACCAAAGAGAGCAGGAAAGAGCCCCAAUCCACAACCAAUCAAUUUUGCUAGUGAGGAGGAGACUCAGGCAGAGAGGGGAAGCCAAUUCUUUUCAGAGCUGUGUGGUUCCAGGGGCAGGAGAAGGCCUGCCAUGAGCGGGAAGAGAGGACUGGAGCUCCCAAGGCAAAGGACAAGGGCAGCAGAAAUGAGCUAGAGCCAGUUCCCUGCCAUCCUGCAACAUGAGGAGGGGUCCACCCUUCUCCAUCUCUGGGGAGCAUAGAGGAGGAGGAGGGGUUGGGAGUUAUGCGAGGAAGAGGGAGGCACCAGACAGACUAUGCUGCUGACCCUUCCUAUCCUGGCAGCCUCCUCUGCAAACAGGGGUCCCAGGAAUGCUGGGGAAUGCCUCGGACUGCCUUGGACAGAGCUGGGGGCCGUCAAGGCCAGAUUCAGAGUGGAGGGAAGCCGGGGGAGAAGACUGAACUCACCACCCAGGUGAGGGGGAUUCAGUGACGGGAAAUGAGUAGGGGAAGCUGGCGUGUUUGAGGUCUUGUUCCAGGGGCCUGACCUCCUUCACCCUCAGGUGACCGUGGAACAGCUGGCCUUGGCCUAGGGCCCUUCAAGUUGGCUCCCUCCGAGAUGCCACUAACUCCGGAUACACCAAAGAAUCUGCCUCAUCUGUCCCUGUCACCCCGGAGUCAGGAAAGAACCAAAAGUCCCUCAGCCCCUCUCCAGGGAGGGGCAGGACUGGCCAUAGCGGGAGAGAAGAGGGUGUGGUUUCUGUGUUCCUCCCCGACCUCAAGAAAUGGGAGAAUCAGAAUCCCUUCCCCCAACACACCAAAUAACCUCAAACUAAACCAAGCCCAGCUGGGAGUUACUCCCAACCCAGUUACUCCUGCCUCAUAACCCCAUCCAAUAUAUUCACCUCUUCUUGAUCCAAAUAUGAACCUGCCCAAAGACACAUAGCUUUAAGAGUUCCCCACAAAGUGGGGGCAGGGGAAGAGGCUGUCAUCAUCUCCAUCUCACAACCUGAAGCCCUCCAGUCUAAAAUCUCAGUCUCCUCGUACCCAAGCUGAGCUCUGCCCAGGAACAGGUGACCUGCAUUCCCUGUGGUCCAAGUGGGCAGGUGGGCAAAAGGGGUGCUGAGUUCCUUGCCCCCCUUCUCCCUACAACAUAAGAGUCUUAAAUAUCUGAGCUCACAUGAGCUUCUCUGAGCAACCAAAUACCCAUUUCCCCCUUCCCAGAUCCAAAGCCCUGGCUCCUCCUCAGGGGGCAUCCUUACCCAUUUGAUUUCUAUUUUUGAAAGAAAUUAGUUUAAGUCAGGGUUUUGGCAGUCUUCAAUCGCCUGUAGAAUGAGCAUAGAGGCUGGGGAGCAUCCCCCAUCUCCCUUCCAUCAACUCUUGGGGGUCCAAAGAGCACUUCUUUCCCACUUCUCCCUCUACCAGCCUAUGGCAUCCAGGGCACCACAGUCCCUCCUCAUCCAGCUGUGCCAUGCUCUAAAGCCAAAGCCCUAGCCACUCCCUCAAUCUCUCUCUCCAAGGCUGUCCAGUAUUGUGCCAAAAAGGGAAGGGUCUUGAGGGAAGGAAAGUCCAUGGCUUAGAGGACCCCAAAACUGUCUCCUGUGCUCUUCUAGAGUAAUGCUAGUACCAAUGACAACAAGACUCCUGAAAGGCUGGGCUCUGGCCCUCCACAAUAGCGCCCUCUGCACAAGGCACAGCAGCAGCUGUAACUAAAAAAUGUGGCUGAGGAGCAAGAGGGCUAAGAAUAGCCCCAAACGUCAAGUCUUUGAGGAAAUGACAUCCUCUUCUCUGGUUGGGCCUGGUCUAACUGCUUUGUUGGAAAUAAAUAACCAAAACGGAAAAAAUAAAUUAGGAUCUGGUUAAUGCUUUCGGCUGAAAGAAAA